AUGGAUAACUCUUCCAGUUUUGUCAGCGUAGACAGGGAAAUAAACUCCACCGUUAAGUGGAAACUGUUGGGUGCGGGUGGAACACUGGUCUUCAGACGGUUCAGACCAACGGAUUUGUGUGGAAAGCUUACGCUUGCUUUCCAGGUUAAAUUCAGCUCGGUGGUUUGGCGCUCUUACGUACUAGCUUUGAUUGUGCCAAAACAGGCAAUGUGGAAUACAGGUGGUUUGGAUGCGCUGCUUGGUUGGUGGUCUGUUCGCCGAGCUUGGUAG